AUGAGAUUCGCAAAAGGUUCCCUUCUAGCUCUCGCCGCGGGACUGCUACCGGCCCUUGUUACUGCUGAGCCGGCAGCACCCCCAGCUUACACUGCUCCAGCAGUGCCAAUUGGUCGCGGCGGGGGUCACAUCCCUCGGACCGUAGGACGGCUCUUUGAGAUCGAUGGUAAGGUUCAGUACUUUGCGGGCACAAACUGCUGGUGGCUCGGAAACCUUCUAGAUGACUCUGAGGUUGAGCUGGCCAUGUCGCAGAUGGCAGAUACCGGCUACAAGGUCGUUCGCACAUGGGGAUUCUUCGGGGUCAAUGACCCCACAAACCCAGGGCAGCCUACGUUCUACCAAGUCCUGAACGAGACCUUGUACAAGGGCGGAUGGGGGAUCAACUACGGUCCGAACGGAAUCCACCGCCUCGACGUCGUCGUCUCCCUCGCCGAGAAAUACGGCAUCAAGCUCGUAAUGGUCCUAAUGAACAACUGGAACGACUUUGGUGGCAUCAACAUCUACAGUAACGCAUUCGGCAGCAAUGCGACAACCUUCUACACGAACCCCGAUGCGCAGCGCGCGUAUCGCAACUACGUCAAGUUUAUCGUUAACCGGUAUAAGUCCUCUUCUGCGAUCUUUUCGUGGGAGCUUGGGAAUGAGCCAAGGUGUAAGGGGUGCGAUCCCUCUGUGAUCUAUAACUGGGCUACGGAGAUUAGUCAGAUGAUUAAGAAGAUUGAUCGCAAGCAUAUGGUUACGCUUGGUGAUGAGGGAUGGUUGUGUCCCCCGGAGGGGGAUGGGACUUAUGCCUAUGACUGCUCGGAAGGCGUGGACUUUGUGAGGAAUCUGGAAAUCAAGACUUUGGAUUACGGCACCUUCCACAUGUACCCCGAGUCGUGGGGCUACAACUACACCUGGGGCAACGAAUGGAUCCGGCAACACGACGCCAUUGGCGCAAGAACCGGCAAGCCCGUCAAGUUUGAAGAAUACGGCGCUCCCAUCAAUCAUACCGAGAUUGAACGACCAUGGCAAUUGACCGUUCUCAAGGAGACUUCCCUGGCGGCGGACUUUAUCUGGCAGUUUGGGAGUGUCCUGCCUGAAUCUGGAACCACGUGGGGUGAUGUCAACUCGAUCUAUUAUGGGACGGAGGAGUAUGAGAUUCUUGGGUUCAAGCAUGUGGCGGAGAUGCGGAGGAAGCGUGUUCGGCACCAUUAG